AACAGAUCAAACCAGAGCUUCUUGAUAAAUAUUUUGAACUAUGCAUAACAGACAAGAGCACAUCCGUGCAUAUCACUUUUCUCGAUAAGGAAGGAGACCAAGAAGAUUACAUCCAAUGGGAGUGGGAGUUUG